CACUUUCAUUUUCAUCACUCGAUAAUCGAUAUAAAGUAAAAACACGGAUCUGAAACUGAAUAGGACCCACCCAUCUCCCUCUCCCCCCUUUUCCCACCGUCACGAUCACACCCAUUCGCCAGCCCCUGGCCAGCCAUUCUCCACUAAAGUACUUUUCUACAAACUCGUAUCUUCUAUGCUUAUGUGAUUCAGAUCCAGAUACACGACAAUGGCUAUCUCCGGAGGCUUUCGGAGUUCUCGCACUACACUUUCCGAACGGAAUAAUGGUUUUGCAGGUCCCUCGACUCGACCGCCGGUUGCUGCCGCAGGCUUUACUUUCAAGCUUUUCGCCACCGGUCUCUCGGUUGCCGUAUUCUUGUUGUUAGCCGUUUCCUUCCUCUUCACCUCAUCAUCUGGCGUCGUUUCCUCCGGUCUCGACAUUGGCUUUUCUUCUAAUUCGAACGGAGCUGGAUCACUUAGGAGGUCUGUGCUCGCGUUAAAAUCUAAUCCGUUAAAACCUAGAUUUGAUCAGAUCAGAAAGCAAGCAGAUGAUCACAAGUCGCUCGCUCUCGCUUAUGCUGCCUAUGCUCGGAAGCUCAAGCUCGAGAACUCUAAGCUCGUUAGGGUUUUCGCUGAUCUUUCACGCAGCUACACGGAUCUCAUGUCGAAACCUGCUUACAGAGCUUUGUUCGACUCUGAUGCGGAAUCAACAGACGAAGUGGCACUCCGGCAGUUCGAGAAGGAGGUGAAAGAGCGGAUUAAGGUAACCAGACAAGUGAUUGCCGAAGCCAAAGAGUCGUUUGAUAACCAGCUUAAGAUUCAAAAGCUGAAAGAUACAAUUUUCGCAGUGAAUGAGCAAUUAACCAAAGCGAAAAAACAAGGUGCGUUCUCUAGCUUGAUUGCAGCAAAAUCAAUACCAAAGAGCUUGCAUUGUGUUGCUAUGAGGUUAAUGGAAGAGCGAAUUGCACACCCUGAGACGUACUCAGAUGAAGGCAAGCCACGUCCUGCAGAGUUCGACGAUCCUAAGCUGUAUCACUAUGCUAUAUUUUCUGAUAACGUUGUUGCUGCCUCUGUUGUGGUCAAUUCUGCUGUUAAAAACACAAAAGAACCAUGGAAGCAUGUUUUCCAUGUUGUGACAGAUAAAAUGAAUCUUGGAGCAAUGCAGGUUAUGUUCAAGAUGAAAGAAUACAACGGUGCUCAUAUUGAAAUCAAAGCAGUGGAGGACUACACAUUUCUGAACUCUUCAUACGUUCCAGUCCUAAAGCAGCUUGAAUCUGCAAAAUUGCAGAGGUUCUACUUCGAGAAUAAACUUGAGAAUGCAACAAAGGACACAACCAAUAUGAAGUUCAGGAACCCUAAGUAUCUAUCAAUCUUGAAUCAUUUGAGGUUCUACCUACCUGAGAUGUACCCCACCUUGCACAGGAUUUUGUUCUUGGAUGAUGAUAUAAUUGUUCAAAAAGAUCUGACUGGGCUUUGGAAGAUAGACAUGGAUGGAAAGGUGAAUGGAGCUGUUGAGACUUGUUUUGGGUCUUUUCAUAGGUAUUCACAAUACAUGAACUUCUCUCAUCCUUUGAUCAAGGAGAAGUUUAAUCCCAAGGCAUGUGCUUGGGCUUAUGGGAUGAACUUCUUUGAUUUGGAUGCUUGGAGGAGAGAAAAAUGCACUGAAGAGUACCACUAUUGGCAAAAUCUGAAUGAGAAUAGGACAUUGUGGAAAUUGGGAACACUGCCACCAGGUUUAAUAACAUUUUACUCAACAACUAAACCAUUAGAGAAAUCAUGGCAUGUAUUAGGGCUUGGGUAUAACCCAAGCAUAAGCAUGGAAGAGAUAGAAAAUGCUGCAGUUGUGCAUUUCAAUGGAAAUAUGAAACCAUGGCUUGACAUUGCUAUGAACCAGUUUCGCCCACUUUGGACAAAAUAUGUAGACUAUGAUAUGGAAUUUGUCCAAGCUUGCAAUUUUGGUCAUUAAAUCUACUACACCCUUUAUCAAUACUUACAUUCACACGUUAGAGUUGAUGAUUCCAUAU